UGAAAUCAACUGCUGCCUCAACUAUUCAGAGGAAGAUCCACGCUUGGGGUCGCAUUGUAAAGCAUUUCACGAGCACAGGGUGGUUGCUACUCACCAUUUCUGACUUUUUAGUCGACUUAACUUAUCAGAAACCAUGACUCAGGCUGAGAAAGAGCAAGACAACGGGAAGGAGAAAGAAAAAGAACGAGACAAGGAGAAAGAGAAGGAGCAACAACGCGGGGUGAAAAGACCCAUCGCUCCUCCGGCCAUCCCGGACCCCCUUCAGGAGCAAAUACAGAGCAAUUUCAUCAUUGUCAUUCACCCUGGUUCAAGGACACUCCGCAUUGGGCGAGCUACGGACACUCUUCCCAUUAUACUUCCUCAUGUGAUCGCUCGCAGACACAAGCAAACUGGACAGCCCAAAUAUGAAGAUGCCUGGCUGUUGAGAGAUGGUCUAAAUAAAACAGAGAGUAAUGAGCAGAGGCAGAACGGGCUUAAAAUGGUCGAACAGGCCAUCUGGUCCAAGAAGAUGUCCAAUGGAGUGCGGAGGACACCGGUGUCCGCUGAGCAGGCCAGGUCUUAUAACUGUCAGAUCCGUCCAGCAGUACUGGACAGCAGCUCCAGGGUGAAGUGGACCAACACCGCCCACCAGCCUCCACAUCUGGUUGGAGAGGAGGCUGUUUAUGUGAAUCCUUCUGACUGUUACAACAUCCACUGGCCUAUAGUCAGAGGUCAGCUUAACGUUCACGCCGGUCCCGGAGGCUCACUGACCGCCGUCCUGGCUGACCUCGAGACGAUCUGGAGUCACGUUAUUCAGAAGCAACUAGAGAUCCCCCUCAAAGACCUAAAGUAUUACAGAUGCAUCCUGCUGGUCCCCGACAUCUACAACAGACCGCACAUCAAAGAAGUUGUCAACAUGCUGCUGCUUAAUAUGGGCUUCUCAGCAAUCAUCGUGCACCAGGAGUCUGUGAGUGCUACAUUUGGCAGUGGGUGCAGCAGUGCUUGUGUGGUGGAUGUUGGAGACCAGAAGACCAGUCUGUGCUGUGUCGAGGACGGAGUGUCCCACCGGAACUCCAGGCUGUGUUUGGCAUACGGCGGCUCAGAUGUGACCCGUACGUUCUUCUGGCUCCUGCAGAGGGCGGGCUUUCCUUACAGAGACUGUCAGCUGUCCAGCAGACUGGACUGUCAGCUCCUGCAGCAUCUCAAGGAGACCUUCUGUCAUCUGAACCAAGACAUAUCAGGACUUAAAGAUCAUGAAUUCCAGACACGUUUCCCAGAAGCCCCAGCUCUUCUCUAUCAGGUUCGACUAGGGGAUGAGAAAUUACAGGCCUCCAUGGGUCUUUUCUACCCGACCACAUUUGGCAUUGUAGGUCAGAAGAUGACAUCACUUCAGUACCGUUCCCAAGGCGACUCGGAGGACCCUCAUGAUGAACACUACCUGCUGGCUACACAGAGCAAACAGGACCAGUCCUCCAAAUCUGCUGCAGACCGAAAGGGUAUUUCCAGGCCGGGUGGGGGUUUGGACGGGGAGAUGAGCGCUCAGGGGGGGAUUGGGGAGCCCUCUGACCUGGGCAGGGGCUGUGGGAGUGGCGGCAGCGGUGCAGGAGGGAUGAAGGGGGAGACGGAGUUUGGGACUGCGCAGGGGGAGUGCCUGAUGGGGGCAGGAGAGCUGGAAGAGCCCCCGUCUGCUCACCUCUCGAGGAAGACUGCCAUCAUGAGCCAGUUUGAGAGCAAGGCCCUGGGACUGGAUAAGGCCAUCCUGCAUAGCAUCGACUGCUGUGCAUCGGACGAAACCAAACGCAAGAUGUACAGCUCCAUCCUGGUGGUGGGAGGAGGGCUCAUGUUUCCUGGCGCUCAGGAGUUUCUUCUUCACCGCAUCAUCAACAAGAUGCCGCCCUCGUUCAGAAGGCUGGUAGACAACGUGGAAGUUAUAACGCGGCCAAAGGACAUGGACCCUAGGCUGAUAUCGUGGAAGGGUGGAGCAGUGCUGGCCUGUCUUGACACCACCCAGGAGAUGUGGAUCCAUCAGAGGGAGUGGCAGCGCUUUGGUGUGCGGAUGCUUCGCGAGAGAGCUGCCUUUGUCUGGUGAAACCCAGACAAAGGCAGGAAACCCAACAGAUUUGACUUGAAUCUAACACACAGGAGACGUAGUGUGAGCAGCACGUUAGCUGAGCAGCAGCCUCAGUGCUCAGAGUCUACAUAGGGUGCUUUCAGGCUCAACCCAACAUUGAGACUUGGCAGCUCAGAAUAAGACAACACUUGCUCAAAUGCAUACAGUUGAUGAAGCAGUGUUGUGGAAUUCACAAUGACUACACUGCUAACACUGUUGUUCAACAAUCUUUCUUUUUAAGUGUUUUACAUUUUUGGUUUCAUCCUUCAGAAACACAGAUGAGGUCAUUGUAACUUUUGAGUCUUGAGUUGUGUUCUGUAAAUAAUACUGCAAUUAUUCUCUUUAGAGACAUUUGGAAGUAUGUAAAUAAACCCAUUUCACUUCAUUCACAA